GAACGGCAGACAAAUACCACUUGGGUUACCAAAUCAAGUUCCAAGAGGAAGAGAUAGUUGGAUUCCUUCGUAUCAUCGUUUUAAGUUCUGGAGGUUUUACAUUUUUGUGAUUAAGCGAGAUCCGAAGAUUUUUAAAUGGAUAAUAUGGGAGCCACAAAUCGCGAAUUCGAAGAUUUAUUUCCAGAGAAAAAGCGUGUCAGGAAUCCUUUCGUUCCCAUUGGUGCGUUGCUGACAGCAGGGGUGCUAACAGCUGGUUUAAUAAGUUUCAAGCAAGGGAAUUCUGAGUUGGGUCAGAAAUUGAUGCGAGCUCGUGUAGUAACCCAAGGUGCAACGGUUGCGCUAAUGGUUGGCACUGCAAUCUAUUACGGGGAGAAGCUCUGAAGGGUCUUCAUGAACCUGUUCCUAAGUGACCAUUUCUUACCUUUGGGGUGCAAUAUGUGUUAAACCCCUGGGUGUCUAAUGCUUCAAGUUCUUAAUAGCUGAUAAAUGAUUUACCUUUUUGGUGAAAUAUGGAUUCAUUUUUGUUUUACAUCUGAAAAAAGCAAUAACACAACCGGAAGCCUGAGAAUUUCCUUCUGAUGCUAGACAAUUCUCGGUGUAUGUUUUGAAACGAUGCAGUUACUAAAUGCAAGAGUGAAAACAUCCUUGUUGAGAU